AUGGAUGAAAAAAACUCUGCAACCAUUGAAAAAGAUAGCGAUCAUUGCUUAACUGAACAUCAGCUACGGCAACCGCUAUCGAAGGCAAAAAGAAUGCCAAAUAUUAAGGUGUUCUCUGGUUCCUCACAUCGAGAUUUAUCGGAGAGGAUUUGUGAGCGAUUGCAGUUGGAUGUUGCUAAAGCAUCACUUAAAAAAUUCAGUAAUAAGGAGACGAAUGUUGAAAUAGGUGAAAGUGUUCGUGGAGAAGAUGUUUAUAUAAUUCAGAGUGCAUGUGGUGAAAUAAAUGACCAUUUGAUGGAACUUCUGAUAAUGAUAAAUGCUUGUAAGAUUGCUUCAUCAUCUCGCGUAACUGCUAUUAUUCCAUGCUUUCCUUAUGCUCGUCAAGAUAAAAAGGAUAAAUCACGUGCGCCAAUUAGUGCGAAACUUGUUGCAAAUAUGCUAUCCGUAGCAGGAGCAGAUCAUAUUAUUACAAUGGACUUACAUGCUUCUCAAAUACAGGGCUUUUUCGAUAUUCCCGUAGAUAAUCUAUAUGCAGAACCAGCAAUCCUAAAAUAUAUUAAAGAGACAAUACCAAAUUGGCAGGAAGCAGUCAUUGUAUCACCAGAUGCUGGUGGUGCGAAACGAGUAACUUCAAUUGCUGAUCGCUUAAAUGUUGAUUUUGCAUUGAUUCACAAGGAACGAAAAAGAGCCAAUGAAGUGGAAAAGAUGACACUUGUUGGUAACGUUCGUGACAGAAUUGCUUUAUUAGUUGACGAUAUGGCAGAUACAUGUGGAACGAUCUGUCUUGCUGCUGAAAAACUGGUUGAAGCAGGAGCAAGUGCCGUAUAUGCAUAUUGCGUGCACGGGAUUUUCUCAGGGCCUGCUAUACAAAGGCUGAACAAUUCAGUGUUUGAGGCAGUGGUUGUUACAAAUACAAUACCGCAAGAACAGAACAUGAAAAAAUGUUCUAAAAUUCAGUGUAUCGACAUUUCCAUGAUUCUGGCUGAAGCAAUUCGACGUACUCAUAAUGGCGAAUCAGUGUCCUAUCUUUUCUCACAUGUUCCCAUGUAA